UCUUCUAGGCCACCUUAAUCCUCUUAAAAAUUCUCAUUUCCUAAAAUACCCUUACGUUUCCAGAUAUAUCCUUCUGUUUUUUAAUUUUUAUCUUACACAAACACCGAGAAACACAAUCAAUCUCCAACUUCUUCUCAUUUAUCUCUCUGAUCUUUGAUUCUGUUAAACUUGGAAGAGGUGAACCGGCCGAGUCGGUCGCUAUGACUCGGCGGUGCUCGCACUGCAGCAAUAAUGGCCACAACUCCCGCACCUGCCCAUCACGUGGCGGUGGCGGUGGCGGUGGCGCUGGCUUUAGCUCAGGCGGCGGUUUGAAGCUUUUCGGCGUGAGACUUACGGACGGGUCGAUCAUAAAGAAGAGCGCCAGCAUGGGGAAUUUAUCGGCGCACUACCAUUCGUCUUCAUCCGCGGCCGGAUCGCCCAACCCGGAAUCCCCCUCAUCGGACCCGCAUCAGCACGAACGCGACGGCUACUUGUCCGACGACCCGACUCACGCCUCUUGCUCCACCAAUCGCCGUGCUGACCGUAAAAAAGGUGUCCCGUGGACAGAGGAGGAGCACCGCUUGUUUCUAAUUGGUCUCCAGAAAUUGGGGAAAGGGGACUGGCGUGGAAUAGCCAGAAAUUAUGUAGUUUCAAGAACUCCUACCCAAGUGGCAAGUCAUGCUCAGAAAUAUUUUAUUCGGCAGAGUAAUGCUACUAGAAGAAAGAGACGCUCCAGCCUUUUUGACAUGGUUCCUGAUAUGGCCUCAGAUCCUCCACCAGUUCCAGAAGAAGAUUUGCUGCCUUCUUUUCAAGAAACAGAAGCUGAUAAUGCUAAAUCACUACCCUCAUUAAAUCUCUCUCUCCAGUCAGAAUGUGAACCUAUGGAGGCUACUCAUGAUACAAAAGUUGAAGAAGAUCAGGACCCCGUGCUAGGAUCAAAUGGGUUCCCACCUAUGGUUCCUGGAUUGAGUGGAUUCUUCCCAGCUUACAUGCCUGUUCCUUUUUCAUUGUGGCCACCAAGUGCAGCCCCUCUGGAAGAACAGAGGAUUGCUGAAACAACUCAGCAUCAGGUCUUAAAGCCAAUCCCAAUCGUUGCCAAAGAACCCGUUGAUGUUAACGAACUAGUUGGCAUGUCUCAACUCAGUUUAGGUGAGGCUGAGAGAGGCCACAGGGAGCCUUCACCACUCUCCUUAAAAUUGCUUGGAGAGCCUUCAAGGCAGUCAGCGUUUCAUUCAAAUGCUCCGGUAAGUGGAUCAGACUUGAGCGAGGGCAAGACUAGUCCAAUUCAAGCAGUUUAAAUUGGAAUGCAUGGGGGCAGUAUCUCAAUUUCUUUUUUAGUCUAUUUAUUUUUUCUAUUGUACUAAUAUUUUCGCUAAAGCAUGUCGUUUUAUUUCUUGAUAUAGUCUAUGAAAUAUAUGUUCAAUCUAUAUAAUAACAUAGGAGUAGAUCAAUUUCGCUGGACA